UUAUUCAAUCACAAGCUCAAAUCACAAGUCACAAAUUAUGUUAUGCAACACAAUAUGCAUCUCCAUAUAUAUAGAACAGGAUAACUCCUAAUUCUAUUAGUAUUAUCACAAAACCAUAUUCCUAAUCUUAUAGAUAAUCAUAACACAAUAAAGAAAAGGAAACUUGUAUUCCAAGCUUAUCCAACAGAUCAUACAUAUUUUCUUUGGAUUUGUAGUCUUUAAUCACACAGAACGUGAGAUUUAUGAUAUUUUUGGCUUAUAUUAACUAUCAUAAGGUUAGGAAAAUUGUUUAUCGUAAUAUGUUUGGAGAUGAAUGUAACAUGUUCCAUGACAUUAACAUCUACAAGAAGAAUGUAACAUGUCCACCGAUUCAACAGGAAUUUAAUCAUGGCGGAUACAAUAGUUGCUCAUACUGAUCAACAAAAUAACCUGGGUAAGGUGAAGAAAUUAACAAUCUCUUUUGAAAUCCAGACAUGUUUUUUUUUACAAGCAAGAUGAAUGCUGCAGAUGUUGAUUUUGGUUUAGCUCAAAACCGGGGUUACUGGUAUAAAUAAUUCUAUUGAACCGUGUAAACUUUCAAAUUUCAGAAUUGUUGUACCGGGAUGUGAAUCCGUCGUUGGAGAGGAAAUGGUACGUAUAUGGAGUAGUGAUGGCACUAUUGAUGUGGAUAGUGGGAGUCAUGAGGCUAACCAAGAACAUGCCAAGGAGACUCGCCAAGGCGAAUGUGUACCCAGACGGAGUGAGGGUUAUGCCGACGCAGGAGGAGUAUGUGGCGAUGGCGAAGAAGAUGGCAGAUCUUGAGGAGAAAUACGAUUCCGUGGAUGCUCAGGUUGUGGUUUCUCCGGAGAAGGAGAAGGUUCUCGACGCUGCACUUGGUUGUGUUGACCAGCUUCAGCUUCAGUUGUCCGAAACCAAGAAGGCGCUGGACGAGAUAAUGACGAGGCAACAUCAGAUGAUGGCAUUCGUCGACAAGAAAAAGAAAAAGAAGAGGAAGUUCUUACUGAAAGGCUGCUUCGGUGGAGUAUCUUCAGCCUCCAGCUUGUAA